AUGAACGAGAUUGACACAGAUUUUGCUCCAAUUGUUGAGUAUGCUCAGGAGCCUUUGUUACCUCUCUCUGAAGCAUGUGUUCCACUAAUUGAUAUUCUUCAUGAUUUAUCAGUCUAUGUGCAAUUGGCGCUAGAUGAAACUCCUGAAAGUCCACCUGAUGGAUUGACAGUUGAUGAAAGUGCUGCUAUUCGUCUGUAUACAAUCGAAUGGGAAAGACCACAUCGAAGUCUAUAUUCAAUGCUCAAUUACACUCUAAAAAAUGCUAAUCGUGAAGAACUUCGACCUUAUUUCAAGUAUCUAAAACUAUUUUUGACUGCACUAGUCAAAAUUCCAUGUGUUCCACCAUUGACUGUUUGGCGAGGAGUUACAAAAAAUUUGAGCGCUGAAUUUCCACCUGGUACUCUAGUAACAUGGUGGUCAUUUUCUUCAUGUACAACAUCAUUGACUGUAUUGGAGAAUAACAUGUAUUUGGGUAAUACAGGAGCGAGAACACUAUUUUCUGUUGAAGCCAUCAAUGGACGAACAGUUAGUGCUCAUUCACAUUUUGUUACAGAAGAAGAAAUUCUUCUUCUACCUGGUACUCAUAUGAUAGUGCAAUCACAAUUGAGUCCAGCACCUGAUCUUUAUAUUAUUCACUUGAAACAAGUUAUACCAGUACAAACCUUACUUGAACCUCCUUUCGAAGUAUACCAAUGCAGUGAUCCAUAUCCAUCACCAAAGACCUCUAACACUGGAAAAUUACCAAUUGCUAUAGUGUAUGGAGAUUUCACAAACGUCAACCAAAUCGAUUUGGCAGUGCUCAACUAUGAUGAUCGAACUGUCGAUAUAGUUCUUGGUAAUGGAAAAAAUGUCUAUGAAACUGAAUUUCACUAUAGUACAGAUGUCGCACCAAAUUCUGUGUUUAAUGCUGAUCUAAACCAUGAUGGACUGAUGGAUAUUAUAGUAGUGAAUGGUGAUGACGACAGUAUCAGCGUUCUCCUUGAUAAUGACGACGAAACAUUUCAGACGUCGAUCGAAUAUUUAGUCGGUGACAAUCCAAUGUCAGUGACAGGAGGUGAUUUCAACAAUGAUACACUCAUAGAUAUAUUAGUAGCAAAUGCUGAUGAUGACACGGUUAGUUUAGUGUUAGGAGAUGAAGAAGGUACAUUUUCUGAUAUUCAAAUAGAGUACGAUGUUGGUUCAAAACCUGUUUAUGUUAUAUCAGGUGAUUUUAAUCAGGAUGAAAAACUAGAUUGGGCAGUUAUCAAUCAAGGUGAUAAUACUACCAGUGUGGCACUUGGAUAUGGAAAUGCAACUUUUAGUGAUUUACAGACUUACACCGUUGGUGCAACACCAAUCUCUAUGACAUAUGAGGAUUUCAACAAAGAUGGUAAAGUAGAUUUGGUAGUGGCAAACUAUGAUGAUAAUAGUAUCAGUGUGUUGCUCGGUAAUAGGGAUGGAACGUUUCAGGCUCAAAUUACGUAUGAAGUUGGCAUGAAUCCAAGUGCUGUAGUAGCAGCUGAUUUCAAUAAUGAUAGCAAAAUAGAUUUAGCAUUAACUCUUUCGAAUGAAUCUUCUAUUAGUGUGUUAUAUGGCUAUGGUAAUGGAAGUUUUUGGAGACCUGUAAAAUUUGAGGUUGGUAAUUCUCCAAGUGCUUUGAGAGCAGAUGAUUUUAACAACGAUAGUAGAAUAGAUCUGGUAGUAGCCAAUUCUGGAGAAAACACAUUCAGUAUGUUGAUUAACGAUGGUAAUGGAACAUUUCAAAAUCAAAUAAAAUAUGCCACUGGUGUGAACCCAGUGGCAAUAACUUCAGCUGAUUAUGAUAACGAUAAAAGAAUCGAUGUGGUGGUGGUCAAUAAAGGGUCUAAUACUGUCGCUUUGCUACGAGGCAAUGGAGAUGGAAGUUGUCGUGGUCGAAUGCCAUACAAGCUUCAGAAGAAAGCGAAUUGGAUGGCUACAGGUGAUUUGAAUAAUGACACCAAAUUGGAUUUGAUAUUGACUGACUCAGUCGAUCAUAGUAUUACCAUACUGCUUGGUAAUGGAUAUGGUAUCUUCCAAUCUGAAAUAGUACAGCAGAUUUAUUCCUUACCACACUUCGUAGUAGUCCAUGAUUUGAAUAAUGACAUGAUGUUGGAUCUGGCUAUUGUUAAUUAUCACACGGACGGCAUCAGUGUGUUACUGGGUAAUGGAGAUGGGACUUUUCAAAAUGGAAGUCAGUUCGCCACUUCUAGUCGACCGAGUUCUGUAGUCGUUGAUGAUUUCAACAAUGAUAACAUACCAGAUCUAGCAGUCACCAACUUAGGUGCUCAUAAUAUUAGCGUUCUAUUAGGAAAUGGAAACGGUUCUUUUCAGACUCAUAAGACAUUUAAAUGUGGUGCUAGCCCCAAUUUUGUAAUAUCAGUUGAUUUAAAUCAUGAUCAGAUCAUGGAUCUCGUAGUGGCUAAUCUAGGUGACCAUACGAUAAGUAUUUUAUUUGGCUGGGAAAAUGGGGCUUUUCGAGCUCAAGUGAAAUACGAUGUUGACAGGGAACCAAGUCAUGUAAUGUCAGGCGAUUUCAAUAAUGACAACAAGAUGGAUAUAGCAGUGGUCGGUCGUCUUUCGCAUAAUAUGCAAGUGCUGUUUGGUGAUGGAAAUAUGACACUUUCAAGUCGAAAACGAUAUGGAACAAGUAGUAGUCCAGGUCCUGCGAUAGCCUACGAUUUCAACAGAGAUGGAAAGACUGAUAUAGCUGUGUUGAACAAACUGUCUAGUGUAUUAUAUAUUUUUCUAAACGAAUGUUCAUAA